CCCGGAACCGUUCGCCCGCUUGGUGAUUUGAGCAGGUAUCUUUGCCGGACUUGGCGCGUGCCUCUUGCCUCUGACCACCACCAUCUCCUCUUCCUGCAUUCCGCGUGUCCCCCACUUCCUCCCUUCCUCCUCGACCCCUCCCCACCUCCUCCCUCCGUCUCCCCCCGCAGGCAGCCGCGAUGAGCGAGAACCCGCCCCCGUACAAGAACGCGACCGUGUCUGACAGCCAGUCCAGCGUCGAUGACGAUGACAGGGAGCUUAUCGACCUCGGCUACGUGCCCUCGUUCAAGCGCGAGUUCACCAACCUGGCCACGAUAAGCUUCGCCUUCAGUAUCAUGGGUCUCUGCUCGUCGAUCUCGACGACGUUCGUCACCCCGCUGACGACGGGCGGGCCUGCGGCGGUGGUCUGGUGCUGGAUCCUCGGCGCGACCAUGUGCUUCACGCUGGGCUCGAGCAUCGCCGAGAUAGUGAGCGCGUACCCGACGUGCGGAGGCUUAUACACCGCGUCCGCAAACCUGGCGCCCAAGAAAUAUCGGGCGAAGAUCGGCUGGCUGGUGGGGUGGCUCAAUAUCCUGGGUCAGAUUGCUGGAGUCUCUUCAACAGAGUUCGGCCUGUCCAACAUGAUCUGGGCUGCGGUGUCCGUUGGCAAGGGCGGAAACUACACCGCGUCCUCCGGGCAAGUCGUUGGCCUUUUCGCCGGUCUGCUCGCACUCCAUGGCAUACUAAACUCUGUGGGAACGCGCUAUCUCGCGCGCUUCACCACUAGCUUCGUAUUCGUGAACAUCGGCGCCACCUUCCUGAUCAUCAUCGUGCUCCUCGCGACCACCCCGCGCUCCGAGAUGCACCCCGCCAGCUACGUUUUUGGCAGCGCAGGCAUCAUGAACGGCACAGGCGGCUGGAACGACGGCAUCGCGUUUCUCCUCGGGCUCCUCAGCGUGCAAUGGACGAUGACCGAUUAUGACGCGACGGCACAUAUCUCGGAGGAGGUGCGGAGGGCCGCGUACGCCGCCCCGUCUGCUAUCUUCAUUGCUGUCAUUGGCACGGGACUGAUAGGAUGGCUGUUCAAUAUUGUGUUGAUUCUUUGCUCGGGGCCCAUGGAGGAUAUCGUGGCGGCCAGCAAUCCUGUGCUUGAGAUCAUGAACAUUCGCAUGGGCAAGGCCGGCGCGUUGGUGUUAUGGGUCCCAGUCUGCCUUACGGCCUUCUUCGUCGUACAGACUGCACUGCAGGCGACCUCGCGUACCGUCUUUGCGUUCUCACGGGAUCACGGCCUCCCCGACGCCGGCUUCUUCGGCCGCAACAGCAAAUACGGCAUCCCCUUCAACGCGAUCUGGAUCUGCACCCUCGUCUCCUUCAUCCCCGGCCUCCUCGACCUCGCCUCGCCCAUCGCCGCGAACGCGAUCUUCUCCCUGACGGCGAUGGCGCUCGACCUGUCGUACAUUAUUCCUAUCUUUUUGCGGCGGGUGUUCGCGAACCAUCCGGAUGUGAUGUUCAAGCCGGGGCCGUUUUAUAUGGGGGACGGGUUCGUGGGGGUGGCGGCGAAUGUGAUCUGCAUAACCUGGACGCUGUUCAUCAUCGUGAUCUUUUCGUUCCCGACCGUGCUCCCCGUGACGGCGGAGAACAUGAACUACGCGUCGGUCAUCACCGUCGGGGUGAUGUUCAUGUCUGCCCUCUGGUAUAUCCUCGGCGGUCACCGCCACUACAAGGGCCCGCAGAGCAACCUGCACCAGUCGCGGUCGCUCGACGGCGUGGACGCGAUCGGGGAGGAGAACAAAAAGUCGGUGGACUUGCAGGCAUAGGGCGGGGUAUCGGGUGAGGGGAUAUGGGGAUUGACUGCGCCGGCUCGUUGGCGUGUCCUGCCCCGUUCCAAUUUCUGACCAUUGACGUCGCGACGUUCGCCUCACCCUCUUGAACGUACUAAUGAACCCUGCUUCUACACGCAAGCCCAUCCUUGUUCAUAGAGGGUCUCAAGGCCCCGCUACCAUUGACAGUGUCUUCGGGGCUUCAUCGUCUUGCCUACCGUCUGCAAUGCACAGACGAGGAUCUCUUGCUAGGCGAAGACGACCAUGUUAUUUAUUGCUACGUACACCAAGUUGAUGUGUUGUUAUUUAAUGCUGAAUGAUAAUGACGCUGACACGA